UUUACUUUCAAGCAUGCAAGUCGCUGGUUUACGUUAUGUCAUGCAUCGUCCAUUCUGCGAGAUUGCAUCUACUUUCGCUGGGUGUCCGAUGCGACUGCCGCAGGUCACAAAGGUGGUGCAUGCUGGCUCCUCGAUGGAAAUGUCACGGAGGUGCUGAAUCCACUGGCCACAUCCGGGCCGAAGGUGUGUCCGGCAGGGAGCAGCGAGCGAGUCAAGGUCAUGUCAAACGUGGUCAAUUCCGUGCUCGCCCCAACAGUGGCGCCCACAAAGGUGGACGUGCCAACUUCGGCGCUCUCCGUGGACACUUCCACCGCGGCUCCUGCAAAGGAGGCCUUUACCAACAGUGCCGGCGCGGGUGCCAAGUCUACUGUGAGUGAGCAUGCUGUGGGUGCAGUUCCGGUUAUGGUGGGACAGGUUGUGGCUCCAGUGCUGGACUGCGAUUGGCGGCGACGGCCCUUCGUGGGCACCUGGAUGUUUGUGGCCGUUGGGUUUUGCUUCCAGCUAACUCAGGGUGGCCCGACUUUGGCCGUGAUUGUCUGCAGGUACAGGCCGCCUGACGAGCUGCCUUCCGCUGCUCUCCCAGUGAUCGUCCCAGAGCAUUUGAAAGUGCUGUCCUUGCCUUCGAACCCUGCGCUGCAAUGCCUAUUCACUGGAUCGCUGAACAUGCCGAGCGUCGGCCGCAGUGCAUCCUUCGAGGAAGGGCCAGUGGACAGUUCUGCGAGAGCUCGGGCAAGGAUCGCAUUCACAGAGUGCAAGGCCAUUCCCGAAUCGCAGUGGGCCGGGAGCCCGGGGCAGCUCUCCGCCUUCGAGCGAAAAACACCCGAGGCGGCCUGCAACAGCACUCACCCGGAGCUUCCAAAGGAGGCGAUAGAGCCUGGCCCACCAACAGUGAAGAUGGCACCGACCGUACUCUUCACCUGCUGUAUCUAUGACCACGCGCUGGCGGUGUCCACUGAGAGAUCUGAAAGCCGGAGCCCCCGGUGCUCUUUGAGGGAUCGCGGGGAGGAUGAAGGGCUCGCGGGACUCUGGGGGGACUCCUGGUUUCAAGCACUUCUCAAGGCUCUGAGGGUUUAG